CUCAAAAGUUGUUUUAUUAAAGCUGUAAAAAAGAUUCAAAGUGUACAUGAUUUGUGCUUAUAUCUUUCCUGUUAGAUAUAUGGCGAGAAGUAAUAAGAGUGCGUGUUUGAGCUUAUCAUUUUAACUCGUUCUUGUGGGGACUAAAAACUCCUCAGUAAAUGUGACUACCAGUAUUUCAUAAGUCUGCAAUACAAGCAAAGACAAAUAUUUUCCUACCCAUCCCUAACAAUAGAUUUAAAGUAGAAAUGGUAGGCUUCACCGUAUGUGAAGGUAAACAUUCUGCAUUUGCUCGCAAAUGUUACCUAUCUAGUUUUGAAAUCAUUUUCCUUGUCAAAACAUUUUGUUUAUUUUCAAAUAUUUUACUUGUAGCCAAGAGUAGGCAUCCUGUAGCCCGAUAUUCUGUCGUACGCGCAUACCAACGGGAAAGAAUACCCUAGCAACCGAUCGCCGUGUGCGGUCGGUGCCGAUUUAUAUGUUAAUCCCUAGCCGGCGGCUAGAGAGAAGCGACCAGUCGAACCCGACAGCCAAUACAUUUGUAUAUGUUGUUGGCGACCAUACCCCCCCCCCCUUUCGUCUGAAUAGGUUUAAUACAUGAAGCAAAAGUUUACAAGGUUUGCUUUGCAGUGACAGGUUUGAAAGUUUAUAUAACAAAAAAGUCACACUAGAUAAUGCGAUUUCGUAGCAGGUUUGAACAUCGGCUAAUGUCCAAGUAUGUUGUCAAAUUUGUAACUAGGUCGCCUAGCCUUCGGCGAAGUAGAGAAGAAGAAAACAUUUGAUGACGCACGUCUUCUUGGAAGGCCUGCUUUCAGACCUAUUCACGUGCCAUGCCCACAUAUUAUUCGUCAAACAACAGGUUGGUACGUUUUCACAUGUAUCUGCAACCCGUCAUACUAGAUACUGGAAUUUCUCGGUUGGCCUGAUUGGCCUUUUUUGGCGUACCUUAUUACCUAGAUACAUCGACGUAUCGUGCAACUGAAUCGACAGUCAGUUAGAAGACGCUUGACAGUGGUGACGUCACGAGAUGGUCAUGGCACGAGAGUUCAUGUUUCUCGCACUUUUCCUGACUUGUGUAACAACAUACAUGUCCAUCAGUUUUCCACGGGGAUGGAAAGACACGGAGAUCUCAGUAAAACCGGCAUUUGCUAAUCUCCAUUCCGCCAAAAGGUCAAAGUUCAAGAGCCUGAUGCAGACAGGAUACCUGCCCUCAACACAGAGAAAUGUAAUAACGUCGGUUCCAACAAGCCUUCCUACCUGUGGCCGUCCUGUCACCAAUUUUGUAUUCAUCAAGGUUCAUAAGACAGCUUCUGGCUCCACGUUUAGGGUCCUGGCGAGGUUCGGCCGGAACCACGGCAUGACCAUCUGCUAUCCCGCGCUCCGUAGGAAGGCAAUACACAUUCAGCUAUCAUACCCAAGUGGAAAACUGACGAAGAAAGACUGUAGACCGUCCCCUGGAAGAAAAUACAACCUCAUCAUACACCAUUCAGUCAUGAACAAGCAAGCCAUGGCCCGAGUCAUGGAGCCCGGCACCAAGUAUAUCGGCAUCUUUCGGGAGCCUCUCAAUCAUUUUCGGUCAAUUUUCUUUUGGAAGAAUAGAAUGGCCCGCCGUAAAGAAAAUCCACUUGGAGAGUUUCUCAAUAGAAAUCACGACCGGAAAAGAUCAUAUUCGAAACAUCAUAAUUUUCAAGCGUACACCAUGGGGUUCCCGAAGAGGCUGAUGACCAGCAAAAAUGAAAGCCAAAUAUACGAAACAAUCAGAACCAUUGCGGGUUGGUACUCGGUGGUCCUGAUAACAGAGUACUGGGAGGAGUCCUUAGUUCUGCUGAAAAGGAAGUUUUGCUGGACACUUUACGACAUACUACACACAACUGACAGACUUCAUGCUCUUCACACUAAGAAAGAACACGUCCCCCUUACUACAGAACAGAAACAAAACCACAGGAAAAUGAGCAAUAUUGAUUAUGUGAUGUACGAUUACUUGAAUGAGACAUUUUGGCAACAUAUAACAAAGGAAGGACCUGAGUUUUGGGAUGAGGUCACGUAUUACAAGACCCUGAACAGUGAGGUGAACAAACAUUGUAACUCAGUAGGUGGUAAAAGAGUCUUUCCUGCUGGUAAAUGGAGCCAGGAAUUUGUGAUUGAUUCAACCUUCUGUAAAGAAUGGAAAUGGAAGGAAGGGCAAUGGGCAGGAGCUUGCUGGAACGAGGUUGAGAAACAAAACAAAGAAGCACAACUGAAGAAAACGAACGGCGUUUAGUGAUUUACACAUACACAUAUUGUGCAUACUGUGUUUUAAGAGUUGACGCACGUGUCUAGCUAUAAAAAAACUGCCUUGAAUGUUAAGGGAGGGCCGUCUUUUGAUUUAUGCCUUAUGUUUGAUUACGUAUACUUAAGCUCAACUUUAUGAAAUUUGGUACAUUCCCUUCAAAUGACCAUGCAAAUGAUCACGGCCCUGGAAUUGAUUUAGCACGCGAGGAUUAUUGUUUUGUAGGUGAAAAGAUAACUUUGUUGCUUGUUUAUAUCAUAUACAGUUAUUAGUUUUAGAUUACAAAACAAAGAUGCAGAAGAGAAUGAGCAUGACGCAUUUGAGACUAUUUAGACGAAGUUAAAGUUUAAGUGAUGAUGAGUAUGUGCUAGCCCAUAAGAUGUUAUUGUAUGCGAGAUAGGGAUUUGGCAAUCUAUGCUACAAUAUCAUAUAUGUUUUGUAAGAUAUAUAUAGUAGUGCAAUGUUUCUAAAAAUACAUAAAAUAUGUUUUAUAGAUGAUUUGCAAAUAAGGUCCAUAUGUUUUUUCAAGGAAGUUUUAAACACAUUAGACACCUGAGAAACAUGUGUGCGGUACUUGAUUAAUGGGUGUAUUAUUAAUAGUUUUUUUUUUUACAUUUUCCACCUUGCAAAGGUAAUAAGAUUUGUUUUAAAUCUAAGGAUACUUUGUUUACUUGGAACUACUUGUUUAUUUUUCUGAUUUUCUAUUAAUUUCUUACUGAUUGAUGUAUCAAGAAAGAUGGUGAAAACAAGUUACUGCCAACUGCAAAUAGUAGUACAUAUAGUAUAUUAGAUACAUAUGCAUAUAUGAUAUAGAUAAAAAAUAACAGAACCAUAAUGAAGUUUAUUUGCAAGUUCUUGCCCGAGGGCUAAUUGCAACAUGAAACAUACAGAAAAUAUAGUAAACAUACAUAAAAUAAAGUAAUUUGGUAUAGAUAACAAUGGUGAAAAAUGUAAUUGAGCAUUGAGGGACGCCACAGCAAAUUGUUCUUGCAUUUGAGUAGGUAUCAUUGGAAGCAUGUUGUUUUCUUUUAUAAAUACAUUAUUUUAGAAGGUGAAAACAUCCUUGACGUCAUAGCAGUUUUUCCAACAUAAUUUCUCAGUAUUGUUAAGACUGGUUUUGCCCACCUUGGCUAAUUAAUUGACAUGGCAACUUUCUGGUGUAAUAAAUGUUUACCUUGUGGCUAUCUUAUAAAAUCGUCAAUAAAUGGACAGCUAUCAUGUCCAUAAGAUAUAUUCUUACUACACAGGUUUCACAUCGAUGUUGUUAACAUUAAGUUUGGACAAAUGGCAGUGACUUAAGAUUCAAUAGCUAUUAUAAAGGCAAUACAUUGAUAGAUUUGCACUAUUUAACAACUAUCCCGCGGCACACAUGGCAGUGGACAUAAAUGAUACGUGAACGUAAUCUUUGCUUAUUCAUAGCUAUCAUGCGAAAAAGGUGGGGUUCUACCACAAAUCCUAUUCUAGUCUCUAAACCCACGUGUGACCGCAUGUGAUCAGCGAAUAAUCAUGUUGAUAAAUACAAACCAU